AUGCCUCAACACAUCCAAGAAUCAGACUUCAUCAUGGUGGAGGAAGGCUUUGCUGCCAGAGAUUUGAUGGGGGAAAUCAUUAACCAUGUCUCCAAGACUGAGGACAGAGAUGCUUUCUUUGUUGCAGAUCUGGGGGAUGUAGUGAAAAAACACAUCCGCUUCCUGAAGGCCCUACCUCGGGUAAAACCUUUCUAUGCUGUCAAAUGCAACAGCAGCAUGGGCGUGGUGCAGACUCUGGCUGAACUGGGUGCUGGAUUUGAUUGUGCCAGUAAGACUGAGAUUGAGCUAGUCCAAAGUAUUGGUGUGACACCAGAAAACAUAAUUUAUGCUAACCCUUGUAAGCAAAUAUCCCAAAUUAAGUAUGCUGCUAAGAAUGGUGUCCAACUGAUGACCUUUGACAAUGAAGUGGAGCUGUCCAAGGUUUCACGUAAUCAUCAAAAUGCCAAGAUGGUAUUGCGCAUAGCUACAGAUGACUCCAUGUCUUCUGCCUGCCCUCAGUGUGAAGUUUGGUGCUCCCCUAAAAUCAUGUAGACGCCUGCUUGAAAUGGCCAAGAACUUCAACGUCGAUGUUGUUGGUGUCAGUUUUCAUGUGGGCAGUGGAUGCAGUGAUCCCAAGGCAUAUGUGCAGUCUAUUUCAGAUGCCAGACUAGUCUUUGAAAUGGCAUCUGAGUUUGGAUACAAGAUGUGGCUGCUGGAUAUCGGUGGUGGUGAUUCCCAGGGACAGAUGAUGCAAAAGUUCGAUUUGAAGAGAUUGCAGCUAUGAUAAAUCCAGCACUGGACUUGUACUUCCCAGAAGGUUCUACUGUAGAGAUAAUUGCUGAGCCAGGAAGAUAUUACGUAGCAUCUGCUUUCUCAUUGGCUGUAAACAUCAUCGCCAAGAAGGAAGUCCAGUUGGACAAUUGCGGAUCAGAUGAUGAAGAAAUUGGUCCCAACAAAAACAUCAUGUAUUAUGUUAAUGAUGGUGUUUAUGGUUCCUUCAACUGCAUCUUUUUUGAUCACGCCCAUCCUAAACCCAUCCUUCAUAAGAAACCUUCCCUGGACCAGCCAGUGUACACCAGUAGUUUAUGGGGACCAACAUGUGAUGGUCUGGAUAAAAUUGCUGAGCAUAUUCAGUUGCCUGAGCUACACGUUGGUGAUUGGUUGCUAUUUGAAAACAUGGGAGCCUACACAGUCGCAGCGUCAUCAACAUUCAAUGGAUUUCUAAAAACCCAUAUCCAUUAUGCAAUGCCUCGUGCUUCCUGGUAAGGCGACCACUGUUGG